AGGUCGCGCCUGCGCAGUCUGGGCAAGUACGGUGGCCGCUGGGGUCCUGUCGCUCUCAGCUGCCGCGCCAACGGUUCACCAUGAUUUCGGAAGAUGAUGAAUUAAAUCUUCUGGUUAUCAUCGUUGACACAAACCCAAUUUGGUGGGGGAAACAAGCUUUGAAAGAAUCUCAGUUCACAUUAUCAAAAUGCAUAGAUGCUGUCAUGGUGAUGGGAAAUUCUCACUUAUUUAUGAAUCGUUCCAACAAACUUGCUGUGAUAGCAAGUCAUAUUCAAGAGAGUCGAUUCUUGUAUCCUGGAAAGAACUGGAAAUUUGGAGACUUUUUUGGUGAUCCUGGCUGCAGCUCUGCCGAUUAUAAUCCUUCUGGUAGUAAGGAUGGAAAAUAUGAGUUAUUAACUGCAGCAAAUGAAGUGAUUACUGAAGAGAUUAAAGAUCUUAUGACCAAAAGUGACAUGGAGGGACAGCGUACAGAAACAUUGUUGGCAGGAUCUCUUGCAAAAGCACUUUGUUAUAUUCACAGAAUGGGCAAGGAAGUAAAAGAUAACCAAGAAAUGAAGUCAAGAAUAUUGGUCAUUAAGGCUGCAGAAGACAGUGCUUUGCAAUAUAUGAACUUCAUGAAUGUCAUCUUUGCAGCACAGAAACAGAAUAUUGUGAUUGAUGCUUGUGUCUUAGAUACUGAUUCAGGACUCCUCCAACAGGCCUGUGACAUUACAGGGGGCAUAUACUUGAAGGUACCCCAGAUGCUAUCGCUUCUUCAGUAUUUAUUGUGGGUAUUUCUUCCUGAUCAAGACCAAAGGUCUCAGUUAAACCUCCCACCUCCCAUUCACGUUGACUAUAGAGCUGCUUGCUUUUGUCAUAGAAAUCUCAUUGAAAUUGGUUAUGUCUGCUCUGUAUGUUUGUCAAUAUUCUGCAAUUUCAGCCCUAUUUGCACCACAUGCGAGACAGCUUUUAAGAUUUCACUACCUCCUGUUCUGAAAGCCAAGAAGAAGAAAUUAAAAGCAUCUUCCUUGUGACCAGAAAAACCACCAGAAACUUGACCCUCUUUUCUCCAACUUCUUUUUACUGCAGUCGAGAUUUUAACUAAGAAAUCUGUGCUGAAUGUGUUGUUAAAAUAAUUGAUAACUGAAUAUACUUAGCUAUUUUUUAUAUGCUAAUUCCUUGAAGGCAUUUUUUUUAAAAGAACAAAUUCCUCCUGUGUCAUCAGGUAGAAGAGAGCCAGGUCAGGAGGCUGCUGUUCCUGGGUAACACGAGGGGGAGAAUGUUUAGCUCACUUCUGAAUUUUUAAAACACUGUUACUUUCAAUUUAGUUCAAUAAGUAUUAAGCUGUUUACAGUGGACAUGGGUGCUAUGUAUAAUCAUUUCUAGGGUAAUCAUUUAUUAAAGUAAUCGAGUUGAUUACUGAUCUUAUAACAUUAAUGUUUUGUCUAAGUUUAGUCCUCAUUCAGGGUAUAUAAAAUUUUCACAUAAUUAUGACAAUUUAAACACAUUUUUACUCACAUCCAUUUCUUGUGGCUUUAAUCAAGAUAAAACUUCCUUAAGUAGCCGGCUUUUGCAGUACAGAUGUAAACAAAAUUCUCCAUCCAUUAAUUUGCUACUCAUUCUUCCUUUCAGGCAUUAGCAAGUGUUCAAUCCUUAAUCUUUAAGAGGUCUUUAUUAACCAUAGCUAUUUUUACCCAAAUAAUAAUCACUGAGUGAUUACAGAGCCUUUAUUUUUUUAAUAAAUUAGGAAAUAUAUUGGCAAAUAUACAAAUGCUCUCUUCAUAUGCACUUCCCUGGGAUGGCAUUGGCAGAAGCUAUUGAAGGGGGGCAGUUUCCAGGAAACGCUUCCAUGAGAAAGCUUUUCCAGUCACAAGAGUUUUCCCUCGACAUGACUCUUUCCUCAUUUUAAUAAUUUACUAGAAAAUCUCUGGAAAUUGUCAUUUUUCUAUCACAAUAUUUCUUAAAUUCAAAAGAAAAUGAUUUUUAAAUUUAGUUUUAGAGAAAUCACUUUCUGUAAACAUUUUGAAAGUUCUUUUGUCUUCCAAAUUACAGAAGUAUUAGAGAAAAGGAAAAUUAUGGAACCAAAUAAAAAAGUUUUCUUAGCAUAAGACUAUUCAUGUUUCCUAGAAAAACAUGACCAUUAAUUAAGUUCUGUUUGCUGAGGGAAUUCAGACUGACUUUGCUGGUUUUGUUAAAGACUACAGUGAAAAUAUUUGUCAUAAUUUUUGUAAGCAUUUAUUCUCUUAAAAGCCUUUGAUCUUUCCAGUGUGUUAGAAUAUUGUUAUUUUAAAAUCGUUGCUAAAUCUUGUGGGAAGAAGCACUGACCAGGACUCAGAUGCGAGUCCUAGAGCUGAAGUCCCAGGGCCUGUAUUCAAAUGCUGACUCUCUCUUCCAUAGUGAUGGAGCUAGCUGUCACCUUUUAGGUUCCUUCCAGCUCUAAAUCUGAUCCUGUAACUUGAAUUUAAAUUGCUUUUUGACAUAUAUUAAUCUUGUGAUGAUGGACAAGGCACUUCAUUUCCCUGAGCCUUAGUGUUCUCAUCUGUAAAAUGGGAAUUAUAAACCUAUCUACUUCACAGGGCUGUUGUGGAGACAAUGUUCUGUAAAAACUGUAAAGUGCUAUGUAAAUAUGAGCUGCGGUUACUUACAUACUGUGCAUUUGGGUGUAGUGGGGAUCAUUGUUUUAAGUCUAGCAAGAGAUCAGAAACAUUUCAGAACACUUGAUCCAGAAUUUUCUUUUCUCUUGUCCCAUUUAAAAACUUGCUAAUUUGUUCUGUUCCAUUUUAUUUUCAUUGUAUUUAUAGUUAAUUUUAAUAUGAAAUUUUUUCAAUAAAAUAAUUUGUAUUUUUUCAGUUUGUUCAGAUUACUUUGUCUUGUAUUUUCUUGUAUUUAUUUCUGCUUAUCUUAGAAAAUUUGAGACAAAACUAUCAAGUUUAAUGUGAUAUGCUUCCGCAUCAUUAAAGAUUUCAUUUGAACACAUCUAAUCUCCAAAUGCAAAGAUUAUAUAUAAAAAUCCUCUCUUCCAUAUUCAGUCAAUUUGAAACAAAUUAUUGUAUAAGUAAGCAUGCUUUUAAUGUGAUCAAAACCUAUUUAAAUGGUAGAAAAAAUAUAUUGAUAAGGUUAUGCUUGAUUAUAGUUAUGUUGAAUUUUAUGUUUUUAAAUUGUUGCUGUUACUACUUUAAAAAACUAAUAGUAAUCAAUAUUAUUCAGAUAUAUUGUUAUGAUUCUUUGCUCUGCAUCACUUAGUAAUAUGUAUUUACUCUAGUUCUUUGACUUCUUCAUAUUUGUAAUUUCUUGUUAAAACACCAAUAAUAUUCCAUUAUAUUUUCCUACCACAAUUUCUUUACUCAUGUAAUAGUCUCAAACACAUAUAUUUUUUUUUCUAAGUUUUUGCUUUUAUACACUGUGAUCUUGCUAUGAAUAUCUUUGUAUAGAUAGAUCUUUCCUUUUGUGUAGAUAGAUGUUUUCUGUAAGAGUUUAGUCUUACUAGCUUUGUUAUUUGUCCUGUAUAUUAUUCAUUGCUUUCCAAGAAGAUUGCACUCAUUCAUAGUUCCCCCACCAAUGUGAAAAUAUGCCUACUUAUCCAUAGACCUGCCAGCUUUCAUUUGUUGUUAAACCACAUUUUUCAAUUUACUGGGAUGCUUUAAUAACAUUUUCUUAAUAUUAGAGAUUUUGAACAACUUUCAUGUGAUUACUAUUAGUUUGUUUUCUUUCGAUGGUUGACCACACAUAUCAAUGUAUCUUUAAAUUGUGUUCUUUCAUUUUCAGAAUUGCUUAUUAACUAUCAUUUGCUAGACUUACUAAUUUCUUUAACCUUUUGGUUAAGUAUUUUAACCCUUGAAUAUGAAGUAUUCAUAUUCAAGUAAAGAAUAUUCAAGGAGUAAAGAAGGAACCAUGACCUUUUAAAACUCUUUUAUGAAACUUGAGUCCUGUCAUAGUUUAUGAAUAGCUGAUUGUAGAGGCCUUGGUUGUGCCUUUCUUUAUAUUCCUUGCGCCCGGCACAUAGAAUAAAAGCUUAUUUACCAAAUUCCUUUGAUAAAUAUUUGUUGAAUUUCUAUUAUGUUGAAAAUACUAGAGAAUAUCAAUCCCGUCAAAUUAAGCAUUUUGACUUUCAAAAUCUCAAUAGGUUUGAUUCCCUGUGGAUCUUUCAGGCUCAAUGGAGUGCUAGUGGUCACCUUGGUAUCACAGCUUUUUUUGUUGUUUUUUCCAGAACUAAGAGUCCUAGUAUUGGAGAGAGAGUCCUGGUUUAUCUCACCUCUAGGAAGACAUGAACCUGACUGUUGAUUUGUGGAUCUAACUUUAUUUUUCUCUGGAGAGCAAAUUGCUUUUUUUCUUCAUUCAGUUGUAGUCUAGUUAGCCUUUGAUGAAAUGGUUUCUUCAGUGUCUAGAA